GAUUGGUGGAUUUGACGCGGUGAACGCGGUCUGUGUUGUUUGGCGCCAUUUGCGGGAAAAGCACUAAGUUUAGUUUUAUACAAUAAACGGUUUGGGGUUCAGUUAAAAAUGUUUACUUCUGUUUUCUCACCAGUGUUUACACUUCAGUGAGCGUUUGUAUAGAGUUGUUGACACGCGUGUUGUGUGUGUUUGCUAACUCUAGCAUGUAAGUGGUUGUUAUAGAGGAAUAGUUAGCUAGUUAGCGAGCUAACCAAGUUAGCUAGUGGUUUGUUUAUGUUUAUGUUUAUUAGACAUUAGACACAGUUUUGCUGAUAUGGCACUGUGUUAAUUAGACUUUCAGAGACGUGGACAAUGUAUUAUCCUGCCUUCACUUUACUAUAAACCAGAUCUCUUUGAAAUGGCUGGACUUGUUGCCAUGUCAGCUGGUCUUGAGGAUUUUGAGGCUACCCAGCCGUGCAAGAAGUCGAGGAAAGAUGAGGAGCCGCCACCAUCGACACCAAAGACCAUCACAAACUACUUCUUGCCCUUACCCAAGACUGUGGACAAGCCUUUCUCGCCGCCCCGAUCAAACAACAUCAUGGACUACUUUCGGAAACCAUCAACCGCUCAGGAUAAGACUACCUCUUCAAUCCAAGAGAGCAGUCCACUUCAAUCCAAAGAGAUUCAGACAUCUUCAUGUGAAGAAGUUUCUCCUAAGGUGAGCAGAGCUCUGAGGCAAAAACGGACCAGGAAAGUCAAGGAAAAACAGAAGGAGUUACAGGAAGAUGAAGAUGAGGAACAGGACAUGCUCGCUGAUAACUGUAUAUUAGAAAGCCCAGAGGAAUCAUUGAUAAAUAAAGGAGGAAGUUGGUCUUUGCAAGUAAACAAUGCAAACUGCAUAGAUGAAGAACCUUUAAAAAGCAAGAAUGUCACAGAUACCAGCUCAGACGAGAGAAAAGCGAAGGAUACGGUGCAAAAUCCGAAACGUAAAAAUUUAGCUUCCCAGACCGACGAUAAUUCUGUCGAUGAAAAUGCGUCGGCUCAAGAAGGCAAGUGUAGAAUUAAAAAGUCUGUGGUGAGGAGAAACAGAAAAGCUAACGUCAGCCAGAGUGAACCAUGCAACACAGAGCAGGAUCAAUCUCUACAUGAUGCCAGUAUGGAGGUCAAUGUCGAUGAAACGUCAGUGUUGAGUUGCAGCACCGUUACUGUGUCCUUUGAAGAAUUUUUACAGAGCCAGAUGCGAAACGAGCACGAGGUCGCUGCUGACUUCAAGUCGGACACUUGUGCUGCAGAAAAAUCUGAAGCGAAGUCUUGCACGGAUGCAAGUGAUCCAGUAGCUGCCGCCACGUCACCAAGAAUGCUUACCGUCCAAGCUGAAGUGCAUCCAAUCUCUCCCGAUCUCGAGUUGAUCAAGGGCCCUCAGUUAAAAGUGGCUUCAAUUUUCACUAGAAGUAAAAAGGACAGCCAGAUACAGGAUGGCAAAAAGCCAUCCUCUGAUAACCCACAGGUAAACACUGACAUUCUGCCGGGCCUUAAGAGGAAAUCUAACGUAGUACUUCAUGAAGAAGAUUUGGAGCUUGCUGUGGUUGAAUCCAGCUCCACUCCUAAAUGCACCCAAGAAGAAAGGAAACAGUUUAUGAAUGCUUUCAAGCAGCCUGGUCUGGAUGGAUCUAAAGGUAAACCCAGCAAGGGCCUGAGCAAAUCGAAGCCAACUAAAGAAAACGCCUCGGAGAUGAUGGAACCUGAAACGAAAGCAGAUGAGACUGAAUCAGACCCGACCACGUUAGAACAGAGUACAGAGCAACAAAAGGCUAAGGGUUCUGGGAAGAAAAGAGGUAGGAAGUCCGUGAAGAAAAAACAGACAGACCAAUCUGAAGAAGUACCGGUUACUCCAAAGCAAGACAAACCUCUGAUGUCAGUCGAGGUAGGAAAAAAAAAAGGUGAUGACAGUGAUAUGGUGGUUGAUGACAGUGACAAGCAAUGUGUCAAAGAGCUUAGGAGGUCUACCAGAGAUCAGACACGUAGACAGGCAGCUUCAGCGCCUGAAAGAAAUCCCUCUCCUCGCAAGACAAGAAGCCGUGAGAAGCCAGAAACAUCUGCAGCCUGCCACCAGGAUGACAUAGUUCAAGUUUCCACGCCGAAAUCUCACAGGCCCAAAAAGAAUGUUUACAGAGCAGAGAUGCUCUCUCCAUUCGACAAACGAGAAAGCCCCAUCAGAAUAAGAUUCACCAGAGUGUUCCCUUCUUCUGACACCAAAACUGGAGAUUCUGAAACACUGGAAUCCAAUUCAUUGAAAAAAAGGAAACGGGCCAAAAAGUUGGUGCAGAAAGCCAAAGCACUGCAGAAAAGUAAACGGUCUGCUGCUAGGGAGAAGCCCGCUGUGCGACGCUCCUCCAGGAGCAAAGAACCGAUACAAAUAAAUUAUUGUGAGGAUGAGGAUUCUGUUGUGUUUUUGGAAGACGUACAAAGCAGCCCAGCAUCUGCGACUCAAAAAAGUGGCAACAGUCAGAAAAAACUUCGCAGUCUAAAUGAUGUUUUAGGCAAAAAUACAUCUCUAAGUAAGGCGUUAAAGAAUGCUCCAGCUUCUAAACUUGGCCCAAUGCUUGUGGAUGGAAAAGCCCUGAGACCUUCAGCUAUCAUUUCUAUACUUGAUGACAGCAGUCGUGAGGGUUCAGAAAACUCUCAAGAUGAUGAGCAGUUCCGGGCAAAGAGGGAGUUUCUGAAAAGUGGCCUACCCGAGUCUUUUAAAAAGCAGAUUGCUAAGACGGCAUCUAACAGAGAGGCGUACAUACAAGCCUGUACUUCAUUCCAGCCUGUGGUUCACGUGCAGCAAAGACCCAUGGAUUGCUCUAUGUGGACUCUUCCCUGGCCUGAAAAUCCUUUCUUGAGCUGCCUGAAGGAGUUUUAUAAUACCACAUCCAUCCCACUUGUGUCAUUGGAGGAUCAUGCAAGCAACUUCAAUGUUCCUGCUCAGAGAACCUGCAGAAUAGAGGUCUCUGGAAGGCGAGAAAAUUUUACGGAGCCUGUGAGAGAGCGAUUGUUGGAAGAAAUCAGCACAUCCAAUCCCUCUUUCCCUGCCCAGAGAUUUUUUACACGAUUCCUAAAGAGACACAAUGAAUAUGUACAGGCUGCUUUUGCCGGACCUGAGGGUGGGUCUAAAGCAGCUCCUGCUGCGGGAUUGACCGACUCCGUUGGAGGGAAGCGUAAGCGUGUAGAUGAAGGAGACCGAGCAGGCAGGCUGCCCAAGAAACAGAAGUCUGUUCAUAAGGAGGAGGAGACCAUAGUUAUAUCGGACAACCCAAGUGAUGGAACACCAGAGACAACUGAAUCUGUGGCCCGUCGCUGUGGCAGGACGAGACGAUCGCUGAGGAACAAGCAGGUUACAGAGGAUGAGCCCAAACCCACAGAGGACAAGACGCAGUGUGACACUAUAAUUAUACUUGACUCUCCAACUUCAGAAUCAUGUUCCAAAGAUUGUGGUACCGAGGAUGUGCCCUGGACCGAGAAGUACCAGCCACAGCAAUCUAGUGACAUCAUUGGAAACACAGCCUCUGUUAGGAAGUUGCACAGUUGGUUGAAGGAAUGGAAACUCCGGGCCGACCGUGAAGAAAGAACAAAGCAGCAGGAGAAAAAGCACAAGGACGACAGUAACGACUCCUGGUUAAGUGGUGACAGUAGCGAGAGGAUGGAGGAUCCAGAGGACAUGCUUUGUAACACAGUGCUUAUCACAGGCCCCACUGGAGUAGGCAAAACCGCUGCCGUUUAUGCCUGCGCUCAGGAACUCGGCUUCAAGGUGUUUGAAGUAAAUUGUUCUUCUCAGCGUAGUGGACGUCAGAUCUUGUCUCAGUUGAAAGAGGCCACGCAGUCUCAUCAAGUGGACAUCCAUGGGGUUAAUGCCCAUAAGCCUACUUACUUCAACAGUUACAGCUGCGGCAGUCUUUCAACUAAACCUUGCUCUUCUCCUCGGAAGGUGAACUCUCCUAGACGAGUUGUGUCCUCACCCAGGAAACCACCGCAGUCGCCUCGAGGUGCUGCAUCGAGGAAAGGAACCUUGGCACCAAAAUCACUGGCCAAUUUCUUCAAAAUGGGUGGAAGGCCUACAGCCAAAGGUGACGUUAAGGAAGAAAAAAAGGCUCAAAAGAGUUGUCCCAAAACAUCUGGUAAAGCCACUCAAGCUGAGUGCAAGAGUCAAGAGACUAAAGCCUCCUCCGAUGAGCAGAGUAAGAAAACAGCAACGUCUCUCAUCUUGUUUGAAGAAGUUGAUGUCAUAUUUGAUGACGAUUCUGGAUUCCUGGCUGCAGUUAAAACCUUUAUGACGACCACCAAAAGACCCGUCAUCUUAACAACCAGCGAUCCUACAUUCAGUGCAGUGUUUGAUGGAUACUUUGACGAAAUCCAUUUCAAAGCUCCUUCCUUGGUGGAUGUGACGAGUUACCUGCAGCUGCUGUGUCUCGUGGAAAAUGUGAGGACAGACAUGCAGGACCUGUCAUGUUUAUUGCAUUGGAACAGAUGUGACAUCCGACAGAGCCUCCUGCACCUGCAGUUCUGGACCCGCAGUGGAGGAGGACGGCAGGUGCCACGUCCCUUCUUGCGUACAGAAACAUCUGAUGGUGAGAUCAAAAACGAUGCUGCUAAAGUGGAAACAGUUGCCAACGCUGACAUGCUACCUCCGGCCAACGUACCGCCUUGUCAUAUAGGAUGCACAGAGUCUUUAUUAGGCCUUCUAAACACCCAGCAAGAAAAAGGAGUAGACGAUUUGUUAAAGGGUGAAUCUUCAGAUGUAGACAGAAUCAGCUGGUUCGAUCUUCUCACAGAAGCUGAAAGGAGAGGUGUGAAUUUGCUUUACUCAAACCUGGAAGUGCUGCUCCCGCUACCCAUUCGUCCGUUGACAGACCCUGUCAGCAGACAACGAUUGCCAUCGAACACGGAACCACAAACCGGACCUUUGGCUAGAUACAACAUAGUAGAAGAGGAAGAGCAUUCUGAUGACUCACAACCUCUCAAAGUCUCAAGUAGAAUGAAGCGGAAAAAGCAGCUGAACGUUGACUAUAAAUGUGCUUUUCAGUCAGACUCCGAUUCAGAGGAUAGCUUUCUGUCCCUGCCUAAGCCCAGUUCUGACACAAAACCAGCACAGGAUGAGGCUCCUAAGGAUCCACCACCAGCAUCCAAAGCUGUGAGGGUGAAAGUUGAGUUGUCUGAUACUGAAAGGAAAAAGAGUCGGUCCGUGUCUCAGUGCCUGAGCUCCUUAGCUGAGUAUUUGGAUCACAUGUCAUUCCUGGACUCGUCUCUGCACCUCAAACCUCCUCAAUCAGAAGGGGCAUGCAGACCACAGGACUUCACCGGGACAGGAGCGGAGAUCAAAUGUGGAAUGACUGAUGAUGUUCGCCUGGAGUGUAAAGCUCAUAUGAAUGGUUUUGACUCCAAAGAAAUCCAGGCUGUGUUAGGGAGUCUGAGUUUUUCAAAGUGUAAGGCGAGGAUCUCUGAAGCCUGGAAUAAAGUCCAGGAGUUGGAGGAGCCCACGAGGUCAGAGACUGUGGAAGAGCUCACCCUUCCUGUGGCAUCACACAGACAGAGAUUUGGGCUCUCUUAUGGCAAACUACUUGAACCCAGGGUGAUGGAUAUGAGGAGGGAAGUGAUGAAUACAGUCCUCACCAGCCGAUCACUCAGCACACAGGGGAACAAAUUGGCAGCAACCACGGACUACCUGCCCUCUCUGCGCACCAUUUGUAGAUCAGAAAGACUGAAGGAGCAGGGCAAGGUCAAACGCAGGUUCAUGCACUACCUUGAUAGCAUUCACCUUGAACUAUCUAAAAGCACUCUUCAGCACCUGGCCUCAGGUUUUCCUUGAUGAACCGUUCAAUGGCACCGUGGUGAAGCAGCUUACUUUUGGCAGCUGGAUUAUAUGCAUUUGUACAGUAACAUUAUAUGCCAUUUAAGCAGGUGAGGUGCUAUGUUUUGGGUUUGUUUUUUUUUUUUAAUCUGUGUGGAGUUUCAUGUGUUGUACUUUUAUCAUGUAUGUUUUAUGAAGUAAUAAAUUUGUACUUACAAUUUGUCAGAAAACACAUUUCAGCCUAAAAAUGUAUAUAUGACUGAAAAAACGAGACCUCUGUGGGCUGCUCUAGUUAUUCAGCGCCUUUCACUAACCUCAAGGUUUUAUAUUGGGCACUAAAAUUCAAAUCACUAUUUUUCAGUUUUUCUCCAUCCGAAUUAACAUCCUUUGGUUAGUAUUAAUAUUUACGACUAUGACUUUAUUUAAUGUCUCAGUGAAAUCAAAGAAUAAAUGUGUAUAUUUUUACAACCAAA